AUGCAAGCUGUAGGGCCAUCUGGAUUCUACAAUGUGCCGGUGACCAAGUUCUUGAUGCUCUUCAUUGGCAGUUGCUCGUUGCUCGCAUCGAUUCUCAACUAUAAGCAGAUCUUUCACCUUCAACUCAGUCCUCAUAUCACUAUUCAUCACCAGUUUUGGCGUCUCUUUACUUCGCAUUGUGCAUUCACCAACUCGGGCGAGCUCUUUUUCGGGUUACUAUUAUUGUAUUCCAUGCGUGUGAUCGAACGACAGUUUGGCAGUGCCAAGUAUGCGGCAUUCAUGUUUGUGACACUGCUGAUUGCCACGUUCUUGGAGAUUGGUGCAUUGGUGUCGGGUGCAAGGCUGGGCUUCCGCAAAAUCCCAGGUGGUCCAUACGCCAUCAUCUUUUCAGCGCUUUAUCAAUACCAUCGCAUCGUCCCUGUCACUUAUCGUUUUCGAAUCUUUGGUGUUACCUUCAAUGACAAGAUCUUUGUAUUUGUCCCGGCUAUUCAGAUGAUGCUUUCACAAUACUUUUCAACAUUCGUACCAGCAGUAUGUGGAUUGUUGGUGGGCGCAUUAUAUCGAUCGGACGUUGGCAACAUCAAACAAUGGCGUUUCCCACUUUUUAUUCGGUCAUGGACAUCUCGUUUGGUUGAAUCAUCAUUGGCGUCAGGCCCCAUACCACGAUCCUCUACAACCAUGCCAAAUGAGAUUACGGGCGAUGCGACUGCUAUCAACAACCUAAUGACAUCCGCAGCCAGUGGUCUUCGAAAUCGACGACAAAACAGUAAUAAUCCACCUUCUUCGUCUUCUACAACUUCUACGACAACAACGAAUCGACCUAGUGUGGAAGGUGUGAGGGAGUACAUUGAUACAUUUACGGGUCGAUCAUCCAAUCCUGAUCUGGAACCACCAUCAGAGCAACACACCUCCGUUCUUAUGACAAUGUUUCCCGAUCAUCCACGAGAAGUCAUUAUACGAGCCGUGACGUCGUCAAGGAAUGAUUUGAAUCGUGCCGUUGAAAUCAUGCUAAGUACACCAGCACCAAAUACAGGUGGAGCCGGUAACAGCAGCAGUAGUAGUAGUGGUCGUUAA